AUGUUUGUAAUUGAUCUUGAUUGUCAAAGUACAAAAAUAGGUUUUUGUGAAAAAGUUAAAAGAAACUUGAAUAUUACAGGACAAAAUAUUACCAAAGCCAUAAAUGUCAAAGUACCCAUUGUAGUAAAAAUCACUCUUAAACCAUUAGGUGAAGUAACAAUAGGUCAAGCAGGACUAUCUAGAUUGAUUGGGUUCAAAAGCGGAGAUGGAAUAGUUAGAUUAUAUCCACAAGCAUUGGCGAUGCAACACCAAUUAAGCCAACUCAUAAAUGCAACGGAAUCGGUACCAUACGUUAGCAUUGAUGAUUCUACUACUACUGCUAUUACCAACGCCACCGCCGCACCUCAAACUCCAACAUCACAAAAUUCAUCAAUAAUAUUUAAUGGAUUUUAUGAAAGCACAAAAUUUAAUUCGGAAGAUGAUUUUUAUGCCAAGUUUCAAAACUCCACUAAAUAUAAAAUUGCAACUGAUAUGUUAAAGCAUGCCACAACACCCUUAUCAUUUGGUUUGUUAAAAAAAGGUUUAGAUUUUCAAGAUAUUGUAGUAAACAACACUGCCAAUGAUCAAUUGUUUUAUUUGGAAACUAGUAUAAACCCUUAUCUGCCGGGAUCAAGUGUUAGUCAUGUGAGUCAAGCGUUGUAUUUGAAAAGCGUCGAAUUUCUAAUGACUUUUCAAGAAACUCCAGGUAAAACGUUAAAAGACGCAAUUAAAGAUGGUGUAAGUUAUGUCGGAGGUGCAAUCUGA